AUGUUCAAAUUCAUCGCCUUCUUUGCCUGCGUGGCUGUCGCCUCCGCCGCACCCGGACUGCUCGCUGCCACACACUCCAUUGUCCAGCCCGCUGUGCUCACCAAGACCGCCUAUGUGGACCACAGCGCCUCCUCGGCCAUCACCCAUCAGAGCAAUGUGAAUCUGGUGCGUAAGGUGCCUGUUGUGCCUGUCGUCCAGACCUACCAUGCCGCUCCCGUUGUGCAUGCCGCACCUGUGGUGCAUGCCGCGCCCGUUGUCCACACUCCCCUCGUCCACACCUAUGCAGCUGCCCCGGUGGUGCACUCUGUGCACUCUGUGCCCGUGGUGCACUCGGCUCCACUGCUCAAGACUGUGGUCAGCGCUCCAGUCGCCUACACUGCCAUCCACAAGUAA